AUGGCAAGCAAGUCACCAUACCUCAAUAAUCCGUGGUACUUAAUCAAGACUGGAUUUCUUCUGCUUGCAUGGAUUGUCAUGGGUAUACAUGUCGAGCUCAUUGCUCCACCGAUGUUAAUUCUUGCUGAGAAUCUGCAUGUUGAUUCCAGUGGUAUUGGUUCGAUUCUUGGAUGUCAAGGUAUAGGUUAUUUAGCUGCAAACAUUCUCGAGACUACCUUUGGAAAAAUCAUCAAAAAACACUCGGAUGGGUUAUUGAGCGCCGCGUUUAUCUUACCAUCAAUUGUUUCAUUGUACGUUGUUUCGUUAAUUCAUCCAAAUCGAAUAUCAUGA